AUGGCUCGUCAUCCAGGUGAAGGAUCAGAGCGGGAAUCAUCUGCAGAUCCAUUAGACUUGAUUUCCCCACCUAGAUCAACUCAACCCGUUGUCCAACCUCCUCGAUCAAAAUCAACUUCCAUCUCAGCUUCGACUUCAACAUCGAGGAAGAGGAAUAGUAGAAGAACUAGCUCAAGAUCAGCCUCUCCUGUCAAAAAGGGGACGAGUAAAUCCGAAACGACAAAAUCAAAAUCAACAUCUCCAGAGAAGAAAGUUGUAAGGCGGGUUGUACAUGGAUCACAAUCAGAAUCAGAAAAUUUAGACGAAGUUAUAGUUGAGGAAGAAAGGAGUAAUUCUAAAAGGCAGAUGAAGAAGAGGAGAAUACAGAGUGACAGUGAAGAAGAUAAAGAUGGAGGUAUGAAAUCUAUAAUUGCUGCCAAAGACGCAGACGGGGAGCAAAGGACAGAAGAAGUGGCUAGAUUGGCAGGGCAAUCCCAUGAGCCGGCGGAUGACCUUCAUGAUCAUGAAGAGGUGAUGAUGGAGGAAGAACUUGGUGACAUGAAUAUAGCUGUGGCUCAAGAUGAUGAGGUGAUGGGAUCGACUUCAGUGCAGGAUGGGACGGUGGACGAGGAGAGGUCUGAUGCUGAAGUGGAUAGCCACCAACAAGAAGAGCAACCAGAGGUAUCAGGAACCUGGGAAGGAGAUAACAUGGAACUGGAUAACAAAGGCAACGGUGAUACCACUUCAAUUCAAAAUGAAAAGGCAGAACCAAAGCCAACCCCAACACCUCCAGAGAUCGAUGGUACGAAUGACACCAACCUCCAGGCACAUCCCUCACCCAACAUAUCUCCAUCAGCUACGAUCGGUCCUAUACAAGCUGCCGAUCCUCCCAUUGACGAGGCUCCUAUGGCUGAGACGUUCGAAAUACACAAGGAGCCUAAAGAUCUAGCUCAGGACGAUAUUGAGGGAAUGAUCAAGGGCGAUGAUCUUACAGCAACUUCAGAUACAGCACAAACGAACCAACCUGAUCUAUUGUCGGAUCGUCAGAUAGAGAUUAUUGUUGACACCGACGGAGGUCUUCUCACAGAAAAAGAAGGUGAAGCGGUGGCAAAGAAAGAAAAUCAGGAUGAAGCAGAACAAGUAGGAAACAUCAACAGCACGACAGACCACAUAGGAAUUGGACAAGCUACUUCGGUUGGAGAUUCAGAAGAGGUGAUUGCCAAGCCGGAGCAUGGGAUUAUUGAGCAACGUGAAGAGCACUCUGUAGAAGAAAAGAUGGAUAUCGACUCAGCAGAGAAGACAGAUCAGGUAGUAGAAGCGGAAGGAGAGAUGGAAAUCGACACAAUACCCAACCACGAUGUGGAAGAACAAGGUGAGGGUGAGAAUGAGAUCGGGUCCUCUCAUAACGCUACUCCCUCGCCCUCAUCGCCUGCCAUAUCCAUUACAGCUUCUCAAGCAUCUACAAAUGUCACCAAACCGAAUAAGAAGGCACCUGCAACUAGCAAGAAAAAAUCUGCGAAUACUGGUAGUAAGAAGGUGUCCACUCCUAUAUCGGUUGGAAGUGGGACGGGAGCGGGAACAGGUAAGAAAGGUGCUGGCAAGGGGAAGGGGAAGACUAAGGUCGAAGAGUUGAAAGGAGCGUCUAGCUCAAAACCAAAGUCCAGUGGUAGUGCCUCUUCGGAUCGUGCACCAACACCCACUACACCCACUCGACCAACUUCUACCUCUAACAACUCGCCGAACCCUUUCCAGUCGCCUGAUAAAAAUGCGAUAUAUUGUGUGUGUCGGAAGCCGUACAACGAGGAGGAGGAUGAGGUGAUGAUGGUAGGAUGCGAAAGUUGCGAUAAUUGGUUUCACCCCAAUUGCGUAGGGUUGACGGAUGAGAUGGUCGAUGCGCUGGAUGUAUAUAUCUGUAAGAGCUGUGAGAGGAGUACCCAUCAAAGAACCAUUUACAAGCAAUUGUGUAAAAGAGAUGGAUGUUCGAAAUCUCUGGCCGGCACGUCAUCCAAGUUCUGCUCUUCAUCCUGCGCAUUUCAACAUUCUCAAUCUCUCUUAUCUUCCAUGACCAACAAAAACACCCUCAAACAACUGGCCAAGACAUUCAUUGGAUUUCCUGAACCCAAAUUGGGAAUCAGUACUGUUAACCAUGCCGAUCACACACCAAGCCUUCAACCCAAUCUGUCGACUUCUCAUCGUUUGGUAGAUCUAGGAAAGCAGUUGGGAAAAGUCAAUAAGUCUAUUGAAUCGGUGAUGAAACGACAACAGAUAUUGGAUGAGGUAAUUAGAAAAGCUGAAAAUGCGAUUUUGACGAUUAAUGUCAUUGAGGAAGAGGAAGAAGAAGUUCGACAAAGUAAGAAGGGAAAGAAGAAGAAAAAUGGAAUGAACAUAAAUGGAAAUGGGAUUGGGAGUGGGAAAGAUGAUAAACCUUGUGGAUGGAAUAAGAUCUUGAUUGCGGAUGACCAAGAAGUACGGAGCUUCAAUCUUACUGAGCAAGAACAAGGUAUCAAAUCAGAAGAAGACGAAGGGGAAAUCUGCAUGAGAGGGAAAAGAAGAUGUGAUAGGCAUCAAGGAUGGCAAAGAACAAUAGCCGCUCAAUUGGAAAUUGAAAUGGCAAGUUUGGAACGAACUCAGAAGAACUUGGUAGAUUAUAUAGAUAGUUUGAAGUCUUCCAGUGAAGUGAUAACAUUCUCCAAUGAGAUCAGGAAUGGGUUCCUCGAACGUAAGGGGCUCUUGAAGAGCUAG